AAUUUUCAGAUCCCAACCCGACCUCUCUAGAACGACAACAGAACGAAGUAGCGAACUCUUCCUCCCCCUCGUCCCUCCCUCUAGAUCAAACCAGGCGCCGCAAUCGAACCGAGAGCCUGCCCGCGUGAUCGACUGGUGAAGUCGAGGCGGAGAGUCGACGAUGUUCUUCUUCUUCGUGGGGGGCGUGGAGCAGGGCGCCGGGCGGGUGCUGAAGGAGGCGGCGGGGCGGUGCCUCCGCUGCGGCGGCGCGGCGGACCUGGUGGAGACCGACAAGGUGCUCAAGCUCUUCUUCGUCCCCGUCAAGCGGUGGCCGGGGAAGGACCCCGCCUACCUCUGCCGCGAGUGCGGCCUCCUCGCUCCGGGAUCCCUCGGCGGCGGCGAGCCGGGGACGGGACCGCCGCUCCUUCUCCGCGACGCGCGGUGCGGCGCGUGCAACCGCGCCGUCGCCGACCCGCAGUUCCGGUUCUGCCCCUUCUGCGGCUCCGCGCUGUGAUGUGAUGCGGACCUGCGCUGCCGGGCAAUAUGCGAUGGAUUUCUCCUUGACUUGUCAGUAUUUUGCUCUUGCUUUUAUCUACCACUAACCAUUUUUUCUGCCUGAUUGAGUGUGAAUGUGAUUGUGUGAGUGUAGAUGUAAAAUGGAGCUCGUUGUAAUAUACGAAUAGCUAUAAUAUGAAGAUUAGCGAACCAAGAGUUAGUUAAAUGAAAUUAAGUAAAAUACUUGUGUCAUAUCGUGUUUGUGGCAUUGCUUGACAAACGUCUGCUCGUGUUUGUGGAUCAAUUCGUUGUUCGUGUUAGUCAUGUCUAGGUAAUAGCAAUAUAUUGUACCAUUUCAUCUAUGUAUAUUGUGUAUCGUUGUUUGUAUUGUAUCGACACGGGAUUUCUACGUAUGUACUCCCUUUUCCAACUUUUUUAGACCUGGCUAGACUUAUAAAUGUAUUUUUUAU